UUACGCAACUUUAUCGACCAAGUCGUGGUUUUAUUAACGAAAACCUGACUCAGUUACAAAGAGAAUCACAAAGUGUACGUACGCAAAUUAAACUUUAAACAAAUUUCAAGUGAUAAUCAACAUGCCACGACGAGGACGUGCUGCUGCUCCUCCUCCAAGGACGGUUAGGCCUUCUCAUCCACCAGCGAGGGCCAUGCCACCAGCCCCAGCACCUGCAGCUCCAGCAGCUCCAAUGGUCGCCCAACCAUCUCAAGGGCCAUCAUUGAUGGGACAAAUGGCAGCUACUGCUGGAGGUGUAGCUAUCGGAUCUGCAGUUGGACAUACAAUUGGACAUGCUAUGACUGGAUUAUUCAGUGGAGGCUCUAGCGAGGCUGCAGCUCCAGCUGCUGCUGCACCAGUACCACAACAAAGCAUGCCAUCUGCUCCUGCUGGUGGUGCAUGUGCUUGGGAGGUCAAACAAUUCCUCGAAUGUGCUCAAACACAGCAAGAUUUGACACUCUGUGACGGCUUUAACGAGGCUUUACGUCAAUGCAAGAUGGCUAAUCACAUUUAAAAUCGUAGUAUUAAUCCUAAUAGCAAAUCAACACGACAUGAAAAAAAUUCGCAAUACCAUCUUGCAAUAUUAAGUAUUUUGAAAUUAAAUGUAAUAGAAAAGUGGGAGAAAGUAAUAAAUUAGAUAUUAAACAUUUUAUUUCUUUUUUUUGCUUCUGCAACCUUGUUGAAUAUGAAGAUUUAAUUCGAAACAAUGUAAAAGAAAACCUUGUAAUGAUAAAUAAAUUUCUUUUGGCAUUAAAAUAA